CAGGUAUGAUACUUGGCGCUCCGCUGAGUAUCGGCGGCUUUUUCUGGAAGUGCAUGCUACCGGUCACACUUGGCAAUAUCGUCGGAGGUGGCUUUUUCACUGGCACAUAUCUUUGGUGGGUGCACGUCGCACUGAAUAGGAAGGGGGAGCUCGACGACGAUGACGAUGGCACGAACCUUCUCGACCAACACGAAUAGGCCCUAAUAUUGAGAAAAUCAGGACUCACUGAUCCUUCCCUCAUUUUGCCAAUGGCAGGAGCAAAUUCUUAUUAUGUCGCCGCUACAUCAGCCCGCACAGCGCAACAGCUACACCACUUCAUGAUAUCGACAUCGACAGCGCCUGCAUAUCAACAGUCAGGUAUCGACACACAUUCAUCAUGGCAUCACAACAUCUUCAAUAAACCGGAGAGCCGACGUCUGCAAACAUCAAAACCACCACUAUGCAUCUUCACGCAAAGGCCUCUUAUUUCCCAGUGUCUCGUCGAAAAGACCAGAAAUGAAGACGCUCCCAGAAAAUUUCACAGAAAAAUCGAGCCGAAGGAUACCGGGUAACCUACUUCUACCAUAUCAGCUAUCGACACGCGCAGGAUCAUUUCCCGCCGUUUGCGGUUCGAGAUGCGCCGCUGUUCGACCGAAGAGACAUUUUUGAAAAUUUCUGUGCAGGGAAGACUUUCUCGACAGAGACUAUAUAUUAUGGCAGAAUAACUUUUUACGAC